AUGGGUGCACUUUGUGACAAUUCUUAAUAAUUUUAAAUGGAUUUCGAUAGAACAAGUAAUUUUGAUAAUGAGAAUUUCAGAUUUAAAGAGAUGAGUAUUUUAACUCAUCGAAUUGAUAAUAAAUUCAAAAUCAUUCAUGGAAUUCUAAGUAAUAGAGAUGAGAGAGUAAUUGAACAGUUAAAAAAAAAGACUUAAUAUGCUAAUAGUUUAAAUAUUCAUCAUUGGUAUAUUAAAAAUGAUGAUUUACAUAUAUACUUUGAUUAUCCAGUGCCAAUUUCGUAAAUUGAUAAUUUUGAGCAUUUGGAUGUUUGGAAAUUAGUUAAUCAUAUAACUAAAAUAUUAUCACUUUUAUAAGAUUUAAAAAUGCAUUAUUGUGCAUUAAAUCCAAAUGGAGUAUUUAGAGUAUAUACACUUUAAUAACAAUAUGUUUAUAAAAUAGCUGAUUCAUUCUUAUUCAGACCUUUAUACAUGAAAUAUUAUUAAAGUCCAACAAAUUAUUAUUAACAUGAAUAAAUAGAAUAUUUUAAAUCAGAUGUAUUUGCAUUAGGAUUAGUUUGUUUAUAUUGUUUAGGAUUGAAAGAACUUAAAUAAUAUUUUAAAUAAAAAUAAUUUGAUUUUAAAGAAUUGUAUAAUAAAAUAAAUGAAAUGAAUUUACCAGGAUAUUUAAAUGAAUUUUUAGAAUAAACAUUAGCCGAAUAAGAUAUAUAAAGACCAAAUUGUUAAUAAUUAUUUUAAUUAGUUAUAAAAUUAAAUGAAAAAUAUAAGAUUGAAAUAGGUAAUGUAGAAUUAAGAUUAUACAAUUAAGCAUUUUAACCAUAAACAAUAGAGAAUGAAUAGAUUAUAAUAAAAGAUGGAGAGAGAAUAGAGAUCGUAAAUAAAUAAGCACCAUAUGAAUGUACACAUUAUGAUCUAUCAACUUGGUGUUAUUUUAUAGGUCGUGUUUCUAAAGGUAAAAGAAAUGGGAAAGGAGAAUUAAAAUUUAGAAAUGGAUGUAGAUUUGUGGGUACAUUUAUUGAUGGAUUAGCAAAUGGAACGGGAAUAUAUUAUUAUGGUUAAUAGGAAAUAAUUGGAUAUUGGAAAGAUGAUAUAUUUAUGAAAUGA